CCUGCAACCCCCGGGCCCAUUAACCCUCGGGGGAAUAAGCUCCUAGCCCCACUAUAUACAUUCGCCUGCUUUGCGAAAAUUAAGCAAGUUGUUCUUUUACCUCGUGGUUAGAGUUUACCUCUCAGGUCAGAUUUAGCAGAACCCGAAGUCAGGGCGGCUUCCUAAUGUGGGCAUAUCCCACCCGCGACAACACUUGGGUUUUCCUUGACCUGCCUCAGCGGGAUGGGUCGUUUUACUUGGGAUGAUUAGCACAAUGUGGACAUUUCUCCGCUUUCUCCAAGACCUCAUCAGGCUGUCUUUCCUUUUCUGUCUGUGGACCACAGUUGGUUUUGUGGACCCUUGCUCUCCAAAUGUUUACUGAUACUGUGUGUUGGCUGUUAGUCAGUCAGGCACCAGGGAUACAACGAUAACAUGUGUUCCCAGCACCCAAGGUCAUCCCCUGCCCUAGUAUCAGAUCCAGGAUGCAGUAUACGGACAUUCUGUGGUUAUGGACAGGAUUGAGAGUGAAGGAGCCGAGUCUGAGAUUAGCUGGGGGCGGGGGAUGCUUACACACUGUUGGGUUUCUCUCUCUAUUACAAAUAGAAGCUUCUGGCCCUCCGUCUUGUGUUCUGUCCUUCACUAAACUUCAAUCUCUCCUCAUUAAGGAGAAUUAUUAUCUGAAAGGUUUUGGUUAGGCCACACAUUUUCCCAAACAGCUUACUUUAUCUAGAAAUCACACUUUUAUGUCAGUCAAAUAGCAAACCUUUUAGAUGCCUACUCUUUAGGUGCUGUAGAUUUUUCCUAACAUUUCUUUGCCCCCUCAUCAACAUAUCCUCUUCACUGGGACUGGAUUGCACAACAAUUAGUACAGUAUUUAAAGAAGACAAUAUUAUAACUGGGUCUUAUGUUUCUGUUCUGCAAAUUUAUUGUCCUGGAGUCUUAUAGCUGCUUUGUGACGUGAUCUGUGGAUUUUACAUAUUUCCGGCAUCAACCAACACUUCUCGUUUGACUCUUUGAUCAUCAGCUGGGAGGCCUGACUGUGUGUGUGUGAAUGAACAAGCCGGUUUUAACAUGCUUGGAACAAUGCUGAGAUUCCAAGAGACUACUAAGUGUGUGAGUGGAUCCACAGCCAUUUCCAAGUAUCCAGCUACCUUGAUUGCAAGAAGAUAUGUUCUGCAACAGAAACUUGGCAGUGGAAGUUUUGGAACUGUCUAUCUGGUGUCAGAUAAGAAAGCCAAACAGGGAGAGGAACUAAAAGUACUCAAGGAAAUCUCUGUUGGAGAAUUAAAUCCAAAUGAAACUGUUCAGGCCAAUGUGGAAGCCCAGCUCCUUUCCAGGCUGAAUCAUCCAGCCAUUGUCAAGUUCCAUGCAAGUUUCAUGGAGCAAGAUAAUUUUUGCAUUAUCACAGAAUACUGUGAGGGCCGAGAUCUGGACUAUAAAAUUCAGGAAUGUAAAGAAACUGGGAAAAUCCUUCCUGAGAAUCAGAUAGUAGAGUGGUUUAUCCAAUUGUUGCUUGGAGUCAACUAUAUGCAUGAGAGGAGGAUACUCCAUCGAGACUUGAAAUCAAAGAAUAUAUUUCUGAAAAAUAACCAACUUAAAAUUGGAGAUUUUGGAGUUUCUCGGCUGCUAAUGGGAUCGUGUGAACUGGCUACAACUUUAACUGGGACCCCCCAUUAUAUGAGUCCUGAGGCCCUGAAGCACCAAGGCUAUGAUGCCAAGUCUGACAUCUGGUCACUGGCAUGCAUUUUAUAUGAGAUGUGUUGUAUGGAUCAUGCAUUUGCUGGUUCCAGUUUCUUAUCUGUGGUUUUAAAUAUUGUCGAAGGCGACACACCUUCACUCCCAGAGAGAUUCCCACAAGAACUAAACACAGUCAUGCAACGCAUGUUGAACAAAAGUCCUUCACUGAGACCAUCUGCAGUAGAAGUUUUAAAAGUCCCUUACAUCAAUGAGCAUCGUCAGCAGCUGAUGUGCAAAUAUUCCGAAGUGACGCUGGAAGACAAGAACUCAGGCUGUCAGAAGGACGCUGUUCAGAUAAUUAAUGCUGUGCAGAAAAAGAUUCACCUGCAGACUCUCCAAGCCCUGUCUGAAGUACAGAAAAUGACUCCGAGAGAAAGGAUGCGGCUGAGGAAGCUUCAGGCAGCUGAUGAGAAAGCCAGGAAGCUGAAAAAGAUUGUGGAAGAAAGAUAUAAAGAAAAUAACAAACAGAUGCAAGAAACCAGAUUCCAGAACUUUGAACCUCUGAGUGUCGAUGUGCUCCACGAAUUAGAUGAACGGACUUCAGAGAGCCUACCUGAACCUCAGACCCUUCCUUCCCUGGACCUUGACGAAGUUGAGCCAAGUUUAGAGGACACCAUAGUUGGCCUUGGACAUUAUGGGAUCCCAGAAGACCCACUUGUUGCUGAAGAGUAUUAUGCUGAUGUAUUUGAUUCCUGUUCAGAGGAGAGUGAGGAUCUGGAGGAAGAAACGAUGUUCUCGGAAACAGAGGGGGAAAUGAGAGGCAAGGGAACUCCACCUGCUUAUAGAGCAAACCAACAGGACAGUGAUAUUGAAGCCCUGGUUGGGUGUUUGGAAAAUGUCCUGGGUUGUACCUCUUUAGACACAAGGACCAUUACCAGUGCGGCUGCAGACAUGUCCCCGAGACCAUCAGUUUUCAACAGCGCCAUGGCCAGGACCAAGAUGAACCACAUGAAGGAAUCCAAAAAUAAGCUUCCUUCCAGGGACACAUACACUCAUCCUGAAUCUGUAACCAGGCCUGGUUUCCCAGCACCUCCGCCUCUCUCACUGCAUAGACCAGAAGAUGGAUACCAAUAUGCUGAAAGUCUUUCCUCCAACCUGGAAAUGCAAAUCUCCAAGGAAAGUAAAACAUCAGCUGCCACAGAUACCAGUCUAUACUCUCCUUUCCCUUGCAUAUGUGUGUGUGUGUGUGUGUGUGUGUGUGUGUGUGUGUGUGUGUGUAUGAGGAGCACAGAAGUCAACUUCAGGAUACCAUCUUCCACCUUGCUUUUGGGACAGGGUCUCUCUCUAGCCUGAAGAUUAUCACUUAGUCUAGGCCAACUGACCAGUGAGCCCCAGGGAUCCUCCCAUCUCUGCC